AAAAAAUAGAGGCUGACGAUGGUGUGCGCGGUGCGGAGCAAGAGGAGCUUGGGGAAGUUUGUCUAUGGGGACUCUGAUUUGCAGGAAGUGGAACUGAAGCUAAAUGACAUGAUUGCACUUCAUAUUUGGAUCGACUGAAUCCUCCAAAGUUCUCCUGAGGAACAAGCAACAGACCCCUCGGACUUCAAAAUGAUUGAUCCUCGCAUCUACCUGCACUACAACUACACGGGCAAGCUGGACCACCGGCCCAGCGUGGACGCCAAUGCCGGCGUGGGCACCCCGGACACUAAGACGCUCCUGUUCCUGGUGGUGUGCGGCUUCAUCGUGCUGGAGAACCUGACGGUGUUGGUGGCCAUCUGGCGGAACCACCGCUUCCACAACCGCAUGUACUACUUCAUCGGCAACCUGGCGCUGUGCGACAUGCUUGCCGGCGUGGCGUACCUGGUCAACCUGCUCCUGUCCGGCGACAGGACUUUGCACCUGUCACCCGCCCUUUGGUUUGUGCGCGAGGGCAGCAUGUUCGUGGCUUUGGGCGCUUCCAUCUUCAGCCUUCUGGCCAUCGCCAUCGAGCGCCACCUGACCAUGAUCAAAAUGAGGCCUUAUGAUUCCAACAAGAACUACAGGGUCUUCCUUCUCAUCGGCACGUGCUGGUUGAUCGCCAUCUCCUUUGGGGCGCUUCCCAUCCUGGGAUGGAACUGCCUGGGCGACCUCCCCGACUGCUCCACCGUUCUGCCGCUGUAUUCCAAGAAGUACGUAGCUUUCUGCAUCACCGUCUUCAUGGUGCUGCUCCUGGCCAUGUCGGUGCUUUACGGACGCAUCUACAUCUUGGUUAAGUCCAGUAGCCGCAAAGUGAGCAAGCAUAGCAAUUCAGAGCACGCCAUGUCGCUGCUACGUACCGUCAUUAUCGUGGUGGGGGUCUUCAUCGCCUGCUGGACGCCCAUUUUUGUGCUGCUCCUGGUGGACGUGGCCUGCGAGCAGCGUCGACGCUGCCCCAUCCUUUACAAGGCCGACUGGUUCAUCGGGUUGGCCGUGCUCAAUUCGGCCAUGAAUCCCGUCAUAUACACGCUGGCCAGCCGCGAGAUGAGACGGGCCUUCCUGGGCUUGGCUUGCUGUCUUUGCUAUCGUGGCAAAACGUCGACGCCGGGCAGUGUGAACAGGCAAUGUCUGGAGGCUAGUCGGAGCCGGAGCAAGUCGUGGAGUAGCCAGAACAACCACAACCAGCAAGGCAGCAGGCAGGCGGGGCCGGACGUGGAGGCGGACUCUGAACUCGGGAAGAUGUCGGUGGUUGCGGGGCCGAGUGGUGCUGAUGCUGACAACUUCCUCCAGAAUGACGGGAACGAGUGAGAGGCCAGGCAAGGGCGGUCGUGACACCGUGACCUCUGGAUUUGACCCACUAAGUGACUACAACGUUCAAUUCCUUAAAAGACACAUUGACUGUGAGGCACAUCCUAUCCAAAUCAGGAUAAACAAUGCAACGUCCAGAAAUGGGACCUUUGGAAAAAGUCCAGAAGAGGUUCUGGGCCACUGCAAUAGAAAAUAUCUUAUGAUACACACUACUUGCUUAAAGAGACUCAAUUCCAAUUUCUAUCUUCAGAAAAAAAACAACCAGACUCUGACAUUCUCUGAUCCAAUCAGAAUUAGGUUUAGAAUCCAGGGGAAUUCAAAUCAUUUGAUUGCAGUAUAAACAGUUUUACCUAACAGAAGUAGGAAAAUGCAUGUAUGCAUGUCAGAACCUCAGACCUGAAUCAGGCCUUAUCAGAUUCGGAAUCAGAUAGUUGCGAAUGUGACUGGAGUGUAAACAGGACUGAUCAGAUAUAGACAGUCUACUGAAAAGUAGCGGGAAAAGCACAUACAAUGAUCCCAGAACGUCAAAUGCAAAUCAGGAUCAAUGGCGGAUAUAAAGCUGAUUGAUUCAAAUCAGCUCUGAAUCAAAUACUGCAGUGUGCACGGCCAGAACAAGUUUUUGCCAUUAACCAACAUUUUCCACAAAUCAGAUACAGACACUAAAUGGGACUCUCUUACAUUAAGAACUAGUGUAAACGCAGUCUUACAUGUAUAAGACUUAAAGGAACCAAUGUCAGCAUCUUCCAAUAAUCUCAAUGUAGCAUUAUUGCCGUGAUUGUUUGAAACGAUCACAACCUAUUUAUUAUAUUCUUUCUGCACUAACUAUGACUGCACAGCUCAACAGCAUCACAUGCUUGAAUGAAAGGAGCUGCAGUAAUGAAAGACAUGAUGCCAGGGUGCCACCUGCUGGUUGUUGAAGGAAGUAAAUGGAUGGAUAAACUAUUAUAUUAUUAAAUCAAAUUACCUUUGAAAUUACCUUUAAAAGCAUGAAGUUACACUUUUGAGAGGCAUGAUUUAUUUGAUCUUUUUUAACGUGGAUGUGAAGCGUAAAACUGUGGCUGUUACCUCAUGUGGGCAGCGGAGGUCACGAAUUGUCCCUGUGAUGCACUCAGGGUCAUCCUCUUCCAAAUAAACUCCACAUCACUAGCAAUGUGGUCUGUCAAAAUAAAAAUAUUCAAGGUUAAGGAUGUUACAUUAAAAGUGCAUGAAAACAAUAUUGGGGGUCAGGGGCCUGAUAAAAAUGGAAAACAUUUCCAGAGCAAAUAAAAUUAAUGUAUAUUAUACAAUCGAAUAAAAUAAUGUAUUUAAAUAGGGUCAUAAAUACAAUAAAACAUUUAAUGUAAAUAAAAACAGACUAAAUUUACAGUUAUUAACAGAAUUGAAAACUUAUAAAAAGUAAUAAAAAGUACUAUUAAUCAACAAAUUAUCAACAUUGAAGCGUGCAAUAUUAAAAACAAACCGUAAGUAGCAGAAAUUAAAUGGUACAGGAAAUAUUCACUUAAAUAAAAUCUGUAUCAACAUAAAUUGCAAUUUUAAAGUAAAAUGAACUGGUUUGAAAAAAGGUAAAUAUAGUACUAGAAAGCCGAAAUUCUACACAUUCACGGUUUUAUUGCCAACAGUCAUACAGAAUAAUGUGAAACCCAUACAACCAAAAGAUUAAAUCUGUAAACAUCUGGACUUUUUGUUUUUAUGUCCUCGUUGCUCUCACUUUCCCCAUUUACCAUUCAAAAAAUAGUCAACUCUUGUGUUUCUACUUGUAUAGCAUGGGGGGGGAAAUGAUUAAAUUUACACUCCAGGUAUAUAAUAACAAUAAUAACAAGUGAGGGAGGGAGGGAGGUGUCGAGCAGCAAUACGCAGCAGGGCCAAAACACGAGGUCCACAAGUGGAGAACAGGCAUGCUCCAUAUUGAACAUCACCUAUUGCACUUUGAAGAAG